ACGCCCCUUCUGUUGUUGACUUGCGAUCAGCGGUACCUGCCUGAGCUGAACCGAGCGGAGCAGCGGAACCGGGCCAGCGGCUGAGAGAUAGAUACGGCGAGCUUCACUGGUUCAGCAUGCAGAAAUAUGAGAAGCUGGAGAAGAUCGGAGAGGGUACAUAUGGAACAGUCUUCAAGGCUAAAAACCGAGAGACGCACGAGAUAGUGGCUCUGAAGCGGGUCAGGCUGGAUGAUGAUGAUGAGGGGGUUCCCAGUUCAGCUUUAAGAGAAAUUUGUCUCUUGAAGGAGCUGAAGCAUAAAAACAUUGUAAGGUUGCAUGAUGUUCUACACAGUGACAAAAAGCUGACAUUAGUGUUUGAAUAUUGUGAUCAGGAUCUAAAGAAAUAUUUUGACAGCUGCAAUGGCGAUUUGGAUCCAGAGAUUGUAAAGUCCUUCAUGUAUCAGUUGCUGAAAGGACUAGCAUUUUGCCACAGUCGCAAUGUUCUUCACCGGGACCUUAAACCACAGAACCUGCUUAUCAACAGAAAUGGCGAGCUGAAAUUAGCAGAUUUUGGUUUGGCCAGAGCAUUUGGAAUCCCUGUACGAUGUUACUCUGCUGAGGUGGUGACCUUGUGGUACAGGCCACCAGAUGUGCUGUUUGGUGCCAAACUGUACUCCACCUCCAUUGACAUGUGGUCAGCUGGAUGCAUAUUUGCAGAGUUGGCAAAUGCUGGUCGGCCACUUUUUCCUGGAAACGACGUGGAUGAUCAGUUGAAGAGAAUUUUUAGGUUGCUGGGGACACCAACAGAAGAACAGUGGCAGACUAUGACCAAACUCCCAGAUUAUAAGCCAUAUCCAAUGUACCCUGCAACAACAUCUCUUGUAAAUGUUGUCCCUAAACUCAGUAGCACAGGACGGGACUUACUUCAGAAUCUCCUGAAAUGCAAUCCAGUACAGCGAAUUUCAGCAGAGGAAGCACUACAACACCCGUACUUCGCAGAUUUCUGCCCUCCUUAGUGUCCAAAGGUCUCACGCUUCAUUCUUUUGAAUGGACCCUGAUCUUACCUCUCACACCCCUCAAAAACACUUUUAGUUUUUAUUCCUUAUAGUUUGCUUUGAUCUUUUAUGACAUUAAUUUGGAUGUCACUCAAUAUACAGGUGUAUGUCAAACAUUUUUAAUAACAUUAAAAGUAGUUUAUUUCAGUUCAAAAUGUAGUUCAAUUCGGUUAAAAAUGUGAAACUCAUAUAUUAUAUUGCUGUAUUGCACACAGUGUGAUCUAUUUUAAGUGUUUGUUUAUUUUAUUGUUGAUGAUUAUGGCUUACAGCCAAUGAAAAACCCAAAAGUCAGUAUCUCAGAAAAUUUUAAUAUAAUUUUAAUAUAAAUUUUAACCAAUUGGUACUGUGGGCAGUGUGCCAAAUCCUGCUGGAAAAUGAAAUCCGCAUCUCCAUAAAAGUUGUCAGCAGAGGGAAGCAUGAAGUGCUGUAAUUUUCUAAUUUUGGACUUAAUAAAACACAGUGGAUCAACACCCGCAGAUAACAUGACUCUCCAAACCAUCACUGAUCAUCAGUACAUUUUACACAGAGUCUGGAGGAAGAGUGGGGAGAUGCACAGUCCAAGCUGCUUGUGGUCUAGUGUGAAGUUUCCAUAAUCAGUGAUGGUUUGGAGAGACAUUUCAUCUGCUGGUGUUGAUCCACUGUCUUAUAUCAAGUCAGUGCAGUGUUUUCUCAAAAACUCUUACAGCACUUCAUGCUUCCCUCUGCUGACAACUUUUAUGGAGAUGAGGAUUUAAUUUUCCAGCAGGACUUGGCACACUGCAAAAAGUACCAAAUGGUCUUAUAUAAUAUUAUUUUUUUUCUAAAAUACUGACUUUUGUUUUUUUCUUUUUCAAUGUAAGCUACUAUAAACAAUACAAGAAAUAAACACUUAAAAUACAUCACUCUGUGUGUAAUACAUCUAUAUAAUAUGAGUUUCAAAUUUGAACUAAAUUACUGAAAUUAAGUAACUUUUCAAUGAUAUUCUAAUUGCUUGAGAUGCAGCUGUACACUGCAUAUAGAGAUAUUUCAACAUCAGUCAUGGCCCAUUAAGGUUGUUUUAGCCAGUUGCCAAAUGUGCUUAAUAGGUUUACAAACUGCUAUUUUGAAGGCAAGUCAUCAAGAUAGUAAUCUAUUUUCUGAAGCUCACAUGAACAAAAUAUGUUUGAUAGCGGGCAGGGUGCUUACCAGCCCAUGAAGUCAUUAUGUACAGAAGGGUUUUAAGCAGCUAAGCAAAUAAUCAGUUUCUCUUGUGAGGUAUUAUUUUUAUUUCAUCUCUUUUUGCACUUACUAAUCAUUUGGUAAGAGUAUAAAAACAUUAGGUCCAUUUGCUCAGUAUUUUUUGGCUUUCCAUUCUGCUAGCCAUAUGUGAAGGAUCUUUAGGUUAAUAGACUAUACAAUUAUAAGUCUUUGUUUUUUGUGCUAAAUUCCCUUUUAACUUAAUUUUGGAAAGGUUUUGACAUUUUGGUGCUCUGGUCGGAUUGCUUAGUUUUAUUUUUGUCUCUGGUAAGAAACCAUUUAGCCCUCAAAGGUGUCUGAGGAGUGUUUGCUCUGUGAUGUGGACCAAUAGUAGCUCCUGCAUUCUUAUAGACUCAGCACAUGCGUAUGUGUGAAAUGAAAAUGUGUGUUGUGAUUUAACAUGCAGUGUAAUUUUCACUUUGAAGUCAUUCCUAUAGUUUCCACAACAGGCUUAAAGAAUAUGUAGCUGCAAACCACUGCUAAAAUAUCUCAUGGGAAUCUGGCUCAAGAGCCAAAGUCUUUGCUAUAGUUUUUGACCCCCAGUCAGAGAUAUUCAUAUAUAUAAUGUAUAUUUAGACCACUAUCAAUAAAAAAUAAGAGACCACUUAAAAAUGAUGAGUUUCUCUGAUUUUACUAAUUAUACGUAUAUGUUUGAGUAAAAUGAACAUUGUGGUUUUAUUAUAUAAACCACUGACAACAUCUCUUCCAAAUUCCAAAUAAAAACAUUGUAAUUUAGAGCAUUUAUUUGCAGAAAAUGAGAAAUGGUCAAAUUAACGAAAAAGAUGCAGUGCAUUCAAACCUCAAAUAAUGCAAAGAAAACAAGUUCAUAUUCAUUUAGAAACAACAAUGCUAAUGUUUUAACAGUUCAGAAAUCAAGAUUUGUUGGAUUACCCUGAUUUUUAAUAACAGCUUUUAAACAUCUUGGCAUGCUCUCCACAAGUCUUUCACAUUGCUUUUGGGUGACCUUGUUCCACAACUGGAACUAAUUUAAGCAGUUGAGCUUUGUUUGAUGCCUUGUGAGCAACUUACAUCUUACAAGAUUUCAUUCUUUUUUCAAUGAGGUUCAGGUCUGGAAUUUCAUCGUCAACUUAUUUGACUGUCAGCAACCGCAGGAUGACAUCAAGAGAGUUCAUAAGAAUUGUACCAUAGAGGACUGGAGUAAGAUCAUUUUAUCUGAUGAGUCCAAUUUUCAGCUUUGAUCAACACCUGCUCAUCAGAUGUUUAGGUGGAGAUCUGCAGAGGUGAACUUGCACCCACUGUGAAAUUUGUUAGAGGAUCAGUGAUGAUCUGGUGAGGCUUCAGGAAGGCUGGAAUUGGGCAGUUUAAUCUCUGCGAAGGACGUUUUAAUCAAGUCACACAUAACGUUAUCCUGGAAAAACACUUUCUUCCUUCUGCUCUGGCAGUGUUCCCCAAAUCUGAGGACUGUUUUCUUCCAGCAGGACAAUGAUCAAUUCCACACAGCUAGAUCAAUUAAGGUGUGGAUGAUGGGCAAAAGCCGUCAAAUCAAGCUAAACUGCUUGAAUUCUUGAGCCAGGAGUGACAUAAGGUCACCCAAAAGCAGUGUGAAAGACUAAAAGUGAAAGAUUAAAAUCCGGUUUAUUCUACCAAUUAUUGAUUCUGAACUCUUUCUUAGAUAACACUUUAGUACUGUUGUUUCUAAAUGAAUAUGAACUUGUUUUCUUUGCAUUAUUUGAGGUUUGAAAGCUCUGCAUCUUUUUCGUUAAUUUGACUAUUCCUCAUUUUCUGCAAAUAAAUUCUCUAAAUUACAAUGUUUUUUUUUUUUUUUUGGAAUUUGGGAGAAAUAUCGUCAGUAGUUUAUUGAAUAAAACCACAAUUUUCAUUUUCCCUAAACAAAUACCUACAGAUAGUUUAAUCAGAGAAACUGAUUAUUUUUAAUUUGUUUGCAGAGCUGUAUAUCUACAAUAUUGUACAAAAGGCCACCCUUCAUUUUUUGUUCAUUGGCAACAUUGCUGAUCAGCCAAAAGAUUAAAACCACACGUCUAAAGCUUAGCAGUUUAGUGAGCGGACAAAAAAAAAAAAUACAUUUAUGUUGUCAUCACUUAAGUGGAUCUGUGUGUCCCUGUACUUCACACAGACUAUACUGCAGCAUGAUGUGCAUGUAUGUGAAUGCAGAUUUCAUUCAUUUCUGCUGUUGUUGUUUUGGGAAUAGUCUAAACAACUUCCUUUACACAGACCAAACAAAACUCCAGUUUGGGGCACUUUUCACACCCGUUUGUUUAAACCAAAGUCCUGAGCACCCUAACACUGUUCAGGUCUUGCUUGUGCAGACCAAAGGUGUUUUAUUUGUUUAGGCUUGGAUGUUUCAGUCGGUCACCUGUGAAUUGUUUUAAUAUUAUGGCUGAUCAGCGCACAAACAUGUAGAGUACAAUCUGGAUUUUUUUCAGUGUUUAAUUCUUUCAGUUCCUUUUUGGAACUGUUUAAUGUAUAAGUUCCAAUUUAAGUCUAGUUCUUUAAUUUUAAACUCAAGAAAAGCUUUUUGGAAAAAAAAAAAUCAAACGUAAGAACCCUUCUAAGUUCCCCAUAGAAUGUAUACUUUUAGCAAUGUGUUUGGGGACAUUUUUUACUGGAAAACAAUAGCUGUGUUGAAUUAAGACUUCUUCACAGAAAUGAGAAGAAAAUAAUUGAGGGACAUUUCAGAGCUUCUUUAAAACUCAAAUUUUCAAGUGCCAGUUAAGUGAUGCUUACAACAGUUCUCUGCCAUUUUAUUUCUUAUUGAACAAAUCCCCUCUGUUCAUUUUAAGACUGGUAUGUAUCCCUAAAUGUUUCUUUUAUAUAUAAUUAUUUUAAAUACACUUCAUCACUUUGCUUUCAUUAUUGCAAUUAUACUCCAUAAAUCCCCCAGACCUUCCAUAGUGAUUGUAUAAUUAAAGUUUUUUUUUAUUAUUAUUAUUUGUUUGUUUAUUUCCAUUAGUUUUUGUUUAGGGUGGAGAAUGAUUCCUUUUUUCCCUGUUUGGUCUGUAAAGUGAAAUAGAAUGCAUGUAUUUAUUUGUAUAUGAAUGUUUGUUGCCCAGUAGAUUUUUUUUAAAAUGCAUCAGAUCAGGGUUAUUAUGGCAUGUGAACAUUUCUGGUUUAUUUUAAAAUAAUGUUGGAUUUUAUAAACAAACCAAACUAAACAUGGUAAACACAGUAUUCAACCAAUGCUUUCUUUUGUCAUUGUUCACAACAAUAUUAUAUCCAUUCAUUACUCAAAUACCAACCAUUACCAAAGCCUGUGAGAUUUUCCAGAAGUCAGACUCGGCACAAUCCUGUUUUACAACCCUGCAGAUACAGUACCACAGGAUAUACGGUUCAUCUUUUUUGUUGAUGUAUUUGGCACUCUGCUGUAUGUGUGGUUUUUGUUGUAAGAAUUUAUUUUUCACCUUAAUUAAAUACAUUUCAUCAAA